AUCUUUUCUUGAAACCCUAAAGAGGGUUAGUUAAAUCUUAAACCCUAAACCCUGAAUGGUAUAUGCUUUUGGCCAAGACAUGCCAGAGGAACAAGGCGGGAUGGAGGGCGAUCGCCAUUCCGGCAGCGGCGCCGCCAUCGCCACCAUCGCCACCGUCAUCGCCACGCACGGUGAGUAUAAACGACUACGCAUCGCUGCUAUGGCAAUGCCGCGGCUUGGACGAGGUGAGGAAGCUCCACGCCCAAAUCGCGGCCCGGAAGCUGGAUCGCAACACCUUCCUGGGGAAUGUCCUUGUCGAUGCUUACAGCAAGCACGGCAGCCUCCAUGGCGCGCAGCUCGCCUUCGGCCGCAUCACCCUCCACAACGCCCACUCGUGGAACAUCCUCAUGGCCGCGUAUGCCCAGAACGGGCAUCCGCGCGGCGCCGCCACGCUCUUCCACUGGAUGUGCUCGCAGGGCGUCCGGCCCAACGCAGUGACGCUCAGCACCGCGCUGCUCGCCUGCACCGCCGCCAGGAACCUCGCGCUGGGGCGGAAGCUCAACGAGCUGAUCGCGAGCGAGGCGCUGGAGAUUGACUCCCACGUCGAGAGCAGCCUCAUCACCAUGUAUGGCCGGUGCCGCGAGAUCGAGGAGGCCGAGCGGGCGUUUGAUCGCAGCCCAGAGAAGGACGUGGUCUGCUGGACCGCGAUGAUCUCCGCCUAUGCCCACAACUGGAGGACGUCGCGGGCGCUCGAGCUCGUCUGGAGGAUGGAUCUGGAAGGCAUCAAGCUCGGCUUGCCGACGUACGUGAGCCUCCUGGACGCCUGUGCCAGCACCAUGGAUCUCCGCUCCGGCGUGGCCUUCCACCAGAGAGCCGCUGCUAUCGGACUGGACCGCUCCAGCACCGUCGUCGCUGGCACGCUCGUCAACCUGUAUGGGAAGUGUGGCCGUGUGGACGACGCCCGGAGAGUUCUCGACGCUAUGCCGGUGAGGACGAGCGUCUCCUGGACAGCCAUGAUCGCCGCCUAUGCCCAGAACGGGAACGCUGCCGAGGCCAUCAACCUGUUCCAGUGCAUGGAUCUCGAGGGGGCGGAGCCGUCCGACAUAACUCUCAUCUCGGUUGUCGACUCGUGCGCUGUGCUCGGGACCCUGUCUCUCGGGAAGAGGAUCCACGCUCGUAUCCGGAGCUCACCGCUGUUCUCCCAGAGCUUGAUGCUGCUCAACGCUGUCAUCACCAUGUAUGGCAAGUGCGGCAACUUGGAGCUCGCCCGAGAGGUGUUUGAGAGUGUCCCGCUGAGGACGAGGAGCGUCGUCACCUGGACCGCGAUGAUAAGAGCCUACGCACAGAAUGGUGUCGGCGAGGAGGCGAUAGAGCUCUUCCAGGAGAUGGUCAUCGACGGUGGCACCGAGCCGAAUAGAGUGACUUUCCUCAGCGUUCUCAGUGCUUGCAGCCACCUCGGUCAGCUCGAGCAGGCCUGGGAGCACUUCUGUUCCAUGGGACCGGACUUUGGAGUGCCACCCGCGGGCGACCACUACUGCUGCCUGGUCGAUCUUCUGGGUCGAGCUGGCCGGCUUGGCGAGGCCGAGAAGUUGCUGCUGCGGCAUAAGGACUUUGAGGCGGACGUUGUCUGCUGGAUUGCGUUCCUGAGUGCCUGCCAGAUGAAUGGAGAUCUGGAGCGGAGCCAGAGGGCUGCCAAGAGAGUGUCUGAGUUGGAGCCGGAGAAUGUUGCUGGCCGCGUUCUGCUGUCAAAUGUGUACGCUGCCAAAGGUAGGAGAGCUGACGUUGCUCGAAUCCGGAACGAGAUGAAGUCCUCUGGCGUUAAGAAGUUCGCAGGCCGGAGCUGGAUCGAGAUCAACAAUAGAGUUCACGAGUUCAUGGUGAGCGACGUCAGCCACCCUCGAAAGCUGGAAAUAUAUAGCGAGCUUGAGAGGCUGCACCGAGAGAUCAAGGAGGCCGGAUACGUCCCGGACACGAAGAUGGUGCUGCGGGACGUGGACGAGGAGAAGAAGGCCCAGCUACUGGGUUACCACUCGGAAAGGCUUGCAAUGGCUCUUGGCAUCAUCAGCACCCCUCCCGGAACUACUCUCAGAGUUGUCAAGAACUUGCGCGUGUGCUCUGAUUGUCAUGCUGCAACCAAGUUCAUUUCCCAAAUUGUAGGAAGACAGAUUAUUGUGAGGGAUACCAGCCGGUUUCACCACUUCAAGGACGGCGUGUGUUCGUGUGGAGAUUAUUGGUAGUAGCUCGUAGACACUUUCAACGCGGUGGGACUCCUUGACAGCAGCCCAGGAUUCUGAUUCCUUUCUGUACCAGCAACACACAAACGAAAUUGAAUUCAACUAGCUAUUAAAUGCUCAAAUCGAAGAUAGUCCUUACAAGUCACGAGCCAGAAAAGUUAGUUGAGCGCGCUGAGAAGGUCCAGAACGCUGCAGGCCGCUUGCUGGAACUUCUCC